CAGAUUCUUGUCUUCUGUUUGCCACCCCAACAUCGUUCGUCUCCUCAAAGCUUUCCAGAUUUUGAAUGCAGGUUCUUGAGGGAUUCCAUAAUCACAACUCAAGCUUUUAGAACCCCAAAUUCUCAACCUUUAUCUUUAUGAACUUUCAUAGAAGUUUGGAAGUGAACAUGGGAUUGUCUCUAAACAUCAAACUACUUUCAUGGUAUAUUUUACGUGCAAGGACUGUAAUUGAUCUGAUUCCUAGUUUUGAGGGUAUUGGAUUACAGAUUUUAACAUGGAACCCACAUAAUUUUUUAUUCCUUAUGUAGUAAACGUAGGGGAAGUCAUGAAUUGGAAUUAUUCCAAUACCCAUUCCUGAUAAGUAAACAUGCCAUAACGGAAUUGUGUACAUAGGGAUGAAGGGGAAUAGAGUGAGAUUAUAUAAAUGAAGAUAUCCAGGCACCAAACCUUUUAACAGUUGGAAACCAGCGUGUUAUUUGGCUAUUAUUUAGCAUGUUAUUCAUGUCUUCAACCCAGAAUGAAGGUUGCAUAUUCCUGGUCCUGGAAUUCUGCAAUGGGGGAAAUUUGGCAACCUAUAUUCGGCAACAUGGGAGAGUUCAAGAACAGAUUGCUAGAAAAUUUAUGCAGCAGCUUGGGGCUGGUUUGGAAAUACUACAUUCUCACCACAUCAUUCAUAGAGACUUAAAACCAGAGAACAUUCUACUCUCUCGCAGUGAUGAUGAUGCGGUGGUAAAGGUAGCUGAUUUCGGUCUCUCAAGAAGCUUACAUCCAGGUGAUUAUGUGGAGACAGUUUGUGGAUCCCCAUUAUACAUGGCACCUGAAGUUCUUCAGUUUGAAAGAUAUGAUGGAAAGGUCGACAUGUGGAGUGUUGGUGUAAUUCUUUUUGAGCUUCUUAAUGGUUGCCCUCCUUUUCCUGGUAGGACUAAUGUUCAGGUGCUUAAGAACAUCAAGUCAUCUACAUGUCUCCCUUUUGACCAACUCAUCCUUUCUCGGUUGCAUCCAGACUCUGUUGAUAUGUGUUCAAAACUGUUGUCUCGAAAUCCAGGUCUAGCAUUAUACCUUCCUCAAUUUCAUAUAUUCUUAUUGUACCCUUCACCAAAACUAGCUAUAUAUGUUGCUUCUCUGUUAGGACCAGGAUUCUCUACCAGGUUGGGAUUUUAUCUGGUUAUACCAGGGUAUUAAUUGUUCUAUUCUUUAAGGAGUUUAUGCAUCUUCUCCAAGCACUCAUUCCUUCACCCCUGCUGAUAGUUACUACCUAGAGCUAAGAUCAAAUCCCAUUAUCUCUACAAAUCAAUUCUCUGAAUGCAUGUAAGGGUGAAUAACCUCUAAAUAUUUACUUCGUAAAAGGAAAACAAAAUUAUUAUAAAUAAAAAAACUCAAUCUGUCCGACACCCAAAUUUCCCACAUCAAAACCCUAUUUUAAUUGUUGAGCCAUUCAAAUUUUUUUCCUUUGACUCUGAACUGUUAAUGUUAAGAAGGGCCGAUAGCUUGAAACCAGGAGAUACCUGAUCUGCCUAAAUAACUACAUAACGAAAAACCGUCAUGGAAUCCACUGCAUUUAGAUUCAAACUAAAGCUUUCCUCAUUAGCCAUCUAGAAGAACAGUUGCACGUUGAAGAUGAGUGAAAUUUUAGGGUAUACAAGUAAUUUCUAAAAGGUUUUCAUUGUUUGAAGUUUCAUUCGUAAAAUUUUAUUGAGUCUUACAUAUCAGGUUCAAUACCUUGCUCUUGCAUGUUGAGGAUAAUUGAGUGAUUUGAAUUUUGAUUAAAGAAAAUCAAUAUAGAUGAGAUUUUUGCAUCUGCUCUUCCCAAUUUCAGUUUAUUGUCUAUGUGAGCAUAAAGUUAAAGUUUAUUCAUUCGGUGUCGUAGUUUUCAUGGUGUAAUGUAACCUAAAAAUGUUGGUGAGACAUUGGUUUGAGGGUUCUA